AUCUAAAAAAAUAAGUAUUUUUUAAUGUUCUAUUUUUCUUUCUUAUUUGGAUUAUAAUUGCAAUUUAGCGUAGUUUAUAAAUAAAACACUAGUGAUUUUUAUUAUUUCUAAGAAUUAGUGAAUUUUGAUUUGGAACUUUUACAUGUGUAUUUUAUGUAUUUACUUGUAUAAAAAAAAGUUGAACAGAAACAACCACAAUUUAGCAUCAAUAAGGUAUGAAAUAUUUGAAACCUUAAAGUGAACCAUGAAGUUAGCAAGGUAUAAGAAAGCCCAGAAAUAUUUGAAAUUCUACUACAACAACUAUGGCUUCCGUCAACCCUAUCAAGUAAUGAUGGAUGGAACAUUCUGUUUUGCCGCCUUUCAACAACAUAUAAAUAUACGAGACCAGCUCCCUAAAUACCUCGAUGGAAAUAUAAAGUUUUUAACUACAAGAUGCAUAAUAGUAGAAACUGAGAAAGUUGCAAAGAAGACACAAGGUGCCCUAGCUAUUAUAAAACAGUUUGGAAUCCAUGAAUGUGGUCAUAAGGAAUCCAAAAGUGGUUCUGAAUGUAUUUUAUCCAUGAUUGCUGAAGUUAACGAUAAGCAUUAUAUAGUUGCCACCCAGGAUCGUGAUUUGCAAGAACGUUUAAAACGCAUGCCUGGAGUACCACUAAUCUACCUUCAUAAUAAGUCUCCUACAUUGGUGAAACCUUCAUCGGAAAGUUAUAGCAAAGCAUAUCAGCUAUAUUCAGGAGACUCCAGUAGAUUGAUAAGUGUUAGUCAAACUGAAGCAUUAGAAAAGAUGAAGAGGACUCUCGGUAUUGAAAGUGCUCCUGAGAAAAAGAAAAUAGUAGCCAAAAAACCACAUAACCCAAAUCCUUUGUCAUGCAAGAAGAAAAAGAGAAAGAACGAUGUUAAACAAAAUGUUAAAGAGGGAAAAGUCAGGAAACGAAAAAAAAAUAAACAAGUUGUUAUGGGGAUGAAAUCUUGACUUAUUUAAAAUAUAUACUUUUUAAUUUUAUCAAAAUACUUGUUUUUAGUAUUAAAUGCAAACUCUAUCAUAAAUAUUUGGCUUUAUAGUUAGUCUGUGAAAAGGCUGUAAGUUCUUAUUGAGUAAUUAAUGAAACUACAAUAAUUAUAAGUCACAUCAUAUUAGACACUAGCCUGUCAAAAGUGUAAAAAUGUAAUACCUAAAACAUGGCAACAACGCCUCUGCGUAUACGCACGCCUUCUGCCACAAUUGUACGUUUAUGAACGCUUCGAACGAUUGCUCUAAUAU